AUGCGCGGGAGGGAAACAGGUUGGACUGAGCGUCUUGCACAGCCCAACACAAUCGCUCUAUCGGUCGCGGAGAGGACUCGAAACAGUCUCUCUCUCUCUCUCUCUCUCUCUCUCUCUCUCUCUCAGCAGCAUAAACCGGUCGCCACAAAUAUUGCCCAUACCUCCAACCCCUUUCUCAGCCCCCCUUCUGAUACCACCCAAGCUCGCGGCAAGCGAAGACGGGGGAGGGGAGAUGAUCUAGAUCCUCCCGCGACGAGGACAGACAAGCACGAAGCAACGAAUCAAGAUUUUCGACAGCACCCAAGCACCCAACAUCCUGGCAGUACCCAGUACCAACACCCAGCACCCGGCACCCAGCACCCCAGCACCCCAGCACCCCAGCACCCAGCACCCCAGCACCCAGCACCCCAGUACCCAGCCCCCCAGUACCCAGCACCCCAGUACCCAGCACCCCAGUACCCCCCAGCACCCAGUACCCAGAACCCAGAACCCCCCCGUGCCCAACAACCCCCCGUGCCCAACGCCCAACACCCAACACCCAACACCCAACACCCUACCCACCCACCGCCCACCGCCCGCCGCCCGCAACAAGGAACUCCGACGGCCGACGUCGUAUGA